AUGACGGUGCUGAGCGGUCAGUUGGAAACUUUGGUCAAAUCCAAAGACGAUUUAUACGAGCAAUUGGACAAAUUCAAAAAGGAAAACGACGACCUUUUAUUUCAAUUGGAAGAGAAAAAUAUCGAAUUGGAGGGAACGAGAGCGAGAGUUAGAGUAUUGGAAAAAAUUCAACAACACCAACCGACGAGACCGACGUUCGAAUCGAACGUGUCGAAACACUCGGCGGGAGAAAAUUUCACGUUUUUAGAAAACGAUCACCUCCGUUCGAAAGGUUUUUCCGAAAGCGAAAUAAAUCGUGCGAGACAAAUAUUUUUGGAGAGUCAAAAUAAAAAAGUCGACAAGUUGGAAAUAACGAAAAUAUUAAACCGUUCGAAAACGCUGUCGUCGUCGUCGUCGUCGACACACAACGUGAGCAACGUCAACGCGGGAGGAAGUAUCGGCAUCGGGAGUGGUUACGAGCUGGAGAAAAGUGGAAACAUGAUACCGAUACUCGCGUUGCCUUUGCCCACCAUGGCAUCACAUCAAUCGAGCGGUACGGAAUCCACUCAAGCUUUGGAAAUAAGUUUGGAAUUGGAAGCGGACAAUUUGGUGGACAAAGUGGAGAAAAGCGAAAGUUUAAAAAAUGAAAAAUCACCCUACAAGCGACGACCGAGUAAAAUCCCGCUCAACAUAUCGAAAACGUCGAAAUGUAUGAAAUCGGGUUUGAGCGAGGGUUCGAUUUUUUCUAAAAAAUCCGACGGAGAAUUGAACAAGACGAAAGAAUCGAACAACGGAGGGUCGUUGAAAAAAAUGUCGUUGGACAAUAACAAUUCAUCUCACAAUUCGAUAAAUUUUAAAAAUCAAAAUUUAUCGAUGAAAUCAUACAAUUCCGUCGGGGGUAGACCGAACACACUGAGUAGGAAAAAUCAAAACGAAACGUGGGACAAUGCAAACAAUCACACCAACAACAACAGUAACAAGCGAACGCUCCGUUCGUCGUUUCGCGAAAGUGUUCGUAGUAAAAUAUCGAUAGACGGAAACGUGAGUAAUUUAAAAAGAGACGGUGGUUCGCUGUCGGGUGGUUCGGGUGGUACGAGAAGAGAUUCUCUGUCGUCGCAACUCAAGCAAAAUCGUACGAAUUCAACGACAAAUCAACAAAAGACAAACAAUAAUAUAACGAACAAAUCGAUUAUAUCGACCGAAAGUGUUGAUAAUAAUAACACAAAGGUACGGCCAACCAAAUUAAGCUUUUUGAGUAAUUGGUUAAGAUUUUAG